AUUUUGUUCACAUUUGAAUUACAGUAAAUUCGUUACAAAACAUUAAACAUGUAUAAAUAUAAUUAUAAAUACGCAAAUAUUUAAUUAUAACAGUACAUAGCACUACAAAUACAACAAAAUAUUAGGUAUAUUUAACCCCGUCAGCUGACCCAGCUGACUUCAAUAUUAUGAAAGUCCCGUUGACAGUGUAUCACAAAUUUCACUUAAAGAAAAAAUAAAUAGGAAACAAAAAUGAACACUUUCGUGAAAUAUUUUGCUUUGACGGUUAAACCGGUGUCAUCGGUAAGGAAUGUUUCAACGGGUUGUUUGAGGUAUAAAGAUGAUUUUAAUAAUCUAAUUCAUCCGGAUGGUCAUGAACCAAGUAUACCACAAUAUAUUGAACGUGAAAAAGAGAAUACAGAUGUCAAAAGAGCUAGAUUAGUAUAUCAAUCUCGUAAACGUGGUAUGUUAGAAAAUGGCCUUCUUUUAAGCACAUUUGCAAAAAAAUAUUUAAACGAAUUUGAUGAUAAACAGUUACAACUGUAUGAUCGUCUUAUAAAUUUACCAACAAAUGAUUGGGAUAUAUUUUAUUGGGCUACAGGUGCAAAACCCACCCCACCUGAAUUUGAUAAUGAAAUCAUGGAUUUAUUAAAAAGGCAUAUAAGGAAUGAUGAUCGUCAAGCAAGGAUAAUGCAACCAGAAUUAUAAUCAUGAAAUAUUUAUGAAUUUUAAUUUAGAGCAAGUUUAGUCACAAUAAAUGAAAUGUUGGGCUAUUUGAAUAUUAUUUUACUUAAUGUACAUAGACAAGUAGUAUAUUUAUUGUAAAUAUAAUCUGAAUUGAAAUGAAUAGCCCAUGCUGUAUAUGUACAUAAAUAAAUAGUUG